UGAGGCCGGGGAUUCGCCGGCCCGCGCCAGGCCCCGGGCAGAGAAUGAAAGGACAAUCUGCUUCAUCUUGAUUCUGCAGCAUUCCAAACUGUGGUAUCCUUGGGGUUCUCUUAACAUUGCUAUGGUGCAGAAGAUUUAAAAUCAGCUGAUGUUCACAAGGAAUAGAGUCACGUGAUGUAUGAAGGGAAACAUAUACACUUCUCUGAGGUUGACAAUAAGCCCUUGUGCUCAUAUAGCCCCAAACUGUGCAAGCAGCGGCGACUCAACGGCUACGCUUUCUGUAUCAGACACGUUCUGGAGGACAAGACUGCCCCCUUCAAGCAAUGUGAAUAUGUGGCCAAGUAUAAUAGCCAGCGCUGCACCAACCCCAUCCCUAAAUCAGAGGACCGCAGGUACUGCAACAGCCACUUGCAGGUACUUGGCUUUAUCCCGAAAAAAGAGAGGAAGAAAAAGAAUGAUCCUAUAGAUGAGGUAAAGGUCAGGCACCAGAUGGAUACCAUGGCCUUUAGCCUGACAGUGCCCACGUUGGCCUUGAAGAUGCCCAAUGGACUGGAUGGAAUGUCCCUCUCUCCACCGGGGGCAAGGGUCCCUCUCCACUACCUGGAAACUGAGUUGGAAGACCCAUUUGCUUUCAACGAGGAAGAUGAUGACCUAAAGAAAGGGGCAACUGUGAGAAAGAAGUUGCAGAGCAAGUUGGCCCAGAAUCGGCAGCGCCAGAGAGAGACAGAGAUUUUAAAAGUUCGACAAGAGCACUUUAGUCCCCCUCCUGCACCUUCUCAGCAGCAGCCUCCGCAGCAGCACUCCCACCUGUCACCUUUAUCCACUUUAAAACCUCCAGCGCCACCGCAGGGUCUAGUCUGCAAGUCACCUCAACCUCAGAACACCAGCCUACCAAUGCAGGGAGUGGCCCCCACUCCACACACUAUAGCACAAGCCAGGCAGUUGUCUCACAAGAGGCCUCUGCCCCUCCUGCCAUCUAGUAGGGCUCCCAUCGUGGACCCGCCCAGGACUGACCGGGUCCUUAUGAAAGCCACAGCCUUCUCUCCACACUUCUCUUGUAUAAGUCGACUGCAGAGACUGGUGAAACUGUGCACCCAAAAACAUCAGCUGGACACUGAUCUGUUUCCCCAUUUAGGGUUGGACUGGUCUGAAGAGAGUGGAGAAGAACUGGAGGACUCAGAGCAGGCCUCGCCAUACCAGGUUGCCUGGUCCAUCCGAGAGACCCUCAGAUAUGAAAGACACACGUCGGAUGAUGAUGAUACAGAGAGUAGGAGCUCCAGGGUGACCCAACUUUGCACUUACUUUCAGCAGAAAUAUAAGCACCUCUGCCGCCUGGAGCGGGCAGAAUCUCGUCAAAAGAAAUGCCGGCACACGUUUAGGAAAGCUUUGCUGCAGGCGGCCAGUAGAGAGCCAGAAUGUACUGGCCAGUUGAUCCAGGAGCUACAGAGAGCUGCAUGCAGUCGGACCAGCAUAAGCCGGACCAAGUUGAAGGAGGUGGAGCCAGCAGCAUGCAGUGGGACCCUGAAGGGUGAACAGUGCACCAACAAAGCCCUUCCAUUCACCAGACAUUGUUUCCAACAUAUCCUCUCGAACCGCUCUCAGCAGCUCUUCUCAAGUUGCACGGCCAAGUUUGCAGAUGGACAGCAGUGCUCUGUGCCCGUUUUUGACAUUACACACCAGACACCUCUGUGUGAAGAACAUGCCAAAAAAAUGGAUAAUUUCUUGAGAGGAGAUAGCUCCCGUAAAGUUCAGCACCAGCAGCAGAGGAAACCCAGGAAAAAAACCAAGCCUCCUGCACUUACCAAAAAACACAAGAAGAAGAGAAGGCGUGGACCUCGUCGACCCCAAAAACCCAUUCCCCCUGCAGUUCCUCAGGGGAACCUCAGCAUGCCCACCAGCGUCUCACUGCCAGUGGAGGCCUCUCACAUCCGGAGCCCGUCCACGCCAGAGCUGAGUGCUGAUGAGCUGCCGGAUGACAUUGCCAAUGAGAUCACUGACAUUCCACAUGACUUGGAAUUGAACCAGGAGGACUUUUCAGACGUCCUGCCGCGGCUACCUGAUGACUUACAAGAUUUUGAUUUUUUUGAAGGCAAGAACGGGGACCUCCUCCCCACCACCGAAGAGGCCGAGGAGCUUGAGCGGGCCUUGCAGGCCGUGACUUCUCUUGAGUGCCUGAGUACCAUUGGGGUGCUCACCCAGUCAGAUGGUGUACCCGUCCAGGAGUUGUCAGACAGAGGAAUAGGGGUGUUCUCCACAGGGACUGGAGCUUCAGGAAUUCAGUCCUUGAGCCGAGAGGUAAACACGGACCUGGGGGAGCUGCUGAAUGGGCGUAUAGUACACGACAAUUUUUCUAGUCUAGAGCUGGAUGAGAACCUGCUCCGUUCUGCUACCUUGUCUAACCCACCUACACCCCUGGCAGGGCAGAUCCAGGGGCAGUUCUCUGCCCCAGCCAACGUUGGCCUUACUUCUGCCACUCUGAUCAGCCAGAGUGCACUUGGGGAGAGAGCCUUCCCAGGACAGUUUCAUGGACUUCAUGACGGCAGCCAUGCCUCCCAGAGGCCACAUCCUGCCCAGCUGCUGAGCAAGGCAGAUGACCUAAUCACCUCACGACAGCAAUACAGCAGUGAUCAUUCACACUCCUCGCCCCAUGGAAGCCAUUAUGAUAGUGAGCACGUGCCGUCUCCCUACAGUGACCAUAUCACCUCUCCCCACACAACAUCUUACUCUGGUGAUAAUAUGGCAGCUACCUUUUCAGCAGAGAUGCCCAUCAUGGCGCAGCACUUGCUCCCAGCCCAACUUGAGGUGCCACUUGGAGGAGUCGUGAACCCCAGAACUCACUGGGGCAGUCUCCCUGUCAGCCUCGGAGAUCCCUCUCCAUUUAGCAACCUUCUCGGCGCAGAUGGACAUCUUCUUUCCACCUCCCUAUCCACACCACCCACCACUUCGAACUCAGAGACCACACAGCCUGCCUUCGCCACCGUGACCCCCAGCAGCUCCAGUGUGCUUCCGGGGUUGCCGCAGACCAGCUUCAGUGGCAUGGGGCCUUCUGCUGAACUGCUGGCCUCCACCUCUCCCAAGCAGCAACUCCCUCAGUUCAGCGCAGCCUUCGGCCACCAGCUGAGUUCUCACAGUGGCAUCCCCAAGGACCUGCAGCCCAGCCACAGCUCCAUAGCGCCUCCCACAGGCUUCACAGUGACAGGUGCCACAGCUACAAGUACCAAUAAUGCAUCUUCUCCCUUUACCUCCCCUAACUGAGCGUAUCUGUGUGCUUGCAGGCAGGUGGGGAACCUGGUGUUUUCUAUCUUGUUUUCCUCUUUAUCACCCCUCUCCCCUUUUCCUAAAGAAGAUUUUAAAAAUAACAGAUGGGGCCUAGAGGAGAACUCCGUUUUCCAGCUAAGCGCGUUACCCCGCAGCGGGCCUCGCUUCAGUGUUCACACGUGCUCCUGCGCACUGGUGCUCGUCCCCUCCCGGCAGGCCCGCCCUCCCCCAGUGGUUUCCUCGUGGCUCAGCACAGUGACUGCAUAGAAUCGACUUUCAGCAGCAAGUCCUAGAAGUGAAAGAUACCUCAGAUUACCAGUGCCCUUUACGAUUUCCUAGUAUUCAGAUCAAUGCUUUCCAUUCUAAUACCAGGUCUUUACAUAGGUGGUGGUUCUAAAUAGAAUGAGCCUGUUCAUCGAGUUCCUGUGUAAGAGACGGCAAAUGGUGUGUAGAGGCAGAUCAAGGCUCUGACUUAGCACCAACUGCUAAACAUCACAUGAGGCCAGGAUUCCAUUCCUAAUUGUGAUCAUGUUUAAUUAAAAAGAAAAAAAAUUAGUCUUUUGACUGCCUGUGUGUGUGUGUGCACCCACGCGUGUGUUUUUGUGCAGGGCAGGAAGCAGCUGUCCCAUUGUUAGGUUUUUUUCUUUCCUAAUGAGUAGAAGGCCCUUCUCCUUUCCCACAUCUCACAACCCUGAUAAGGUUGGUCAUUCUUUCCCACCGAGUUAACCGACUUUCCUGAAUGGAGAAGGGUGGUGGUCUGGUGGCGUGAAUAGCACAACCCUCUUCUGCUAAGUUAGCCCAGAACACAAAAAGCUGAAUUCAUGUCAGUGCCCUGCAGAUGUCGCGAAAAGCUUGCCUGGAGGGACUGCAGGGUUGCUGCGAUUCUGAGGUCUGGUGGUUGGUUAUAUUGCCUUUUUAGAUGUGCAUUUGUUUCUAAAUCCCUCUUCCAUGGAAUAUAUUCACAAGAUGUAAUUAAAAUAUUUUGAUGUGAAAAGCAGGAUAGGUCAGAUAGGUUUGGAAAGAUGGGAUCUGUGAACUCCUUGAUCCAUCUUUUGCUUUUGAAUUUUUCAUGUUUACAGUAGUGAUUCUUUGGUAAGAUUUGUAAAAUGUUGAAGACACUUGUAGAAUCAAUGUACCAGUUGUGAAGUGAUGUGUAAUAUCUGAAGGAUACACAUUUUAAAGUUUCUUUCAAAGCAGAAUAUGGAAAUUAGACAUAAAUUUUAUCCACCCUUUGGUACUUUUAAAAUAAUUUAAGUAUUUAGGUUUAAGUUUGGGGACAUUUUUUUUUUAAGUACCAGAACUGUAGGGUCAAAAAUCAUAUUGGAUAGUUUAGUAAGCUGGUGACUAUGAAAUGAAUAUGUGAGGUUUCUUUUUACCUGCCUUCUCCCCGACCCCCGAUCCCCCCCGCGCCCAAGGGUGGAACUAGAUUUUAAAGGCAUCUGUACUCUGCUUUUGCUGAGAAGUUUCACUGUCCCUUGAGAUACCAUUGGCUAUUUAUACCCGAGUCUAGUCUAAUUUACAUAUAUAUAUUUUAAGAUGAGUAGAGAGAACAUAUCUAUUAAUGAUGUGAUAUAAUAAUUCAUUUGUCAGGGAAUAUUUGAUCUUAAUUCCUUUUCAAUAGGUAAAGAUUUGGAUGUAUUUUCCUACUUCCUAUAUGUAUUCUCUUUAUGCCAUGCUAAUUCUAACCAGUCCCUUCUUUUGAAAGCUUUUCUUUCUCUGCUUUUUAAAGGAAUGAUGGUAAUCAGCAGGCAUUAUGCAGAUAAAACGUGCCUGAGAUUAUGGAGGGGAAAUGUCACAUGACUGUAUGAAAUCAUUAUAUGCCCUAUUUUGUAUUUAUUGAAGUUUCUUUCUGUGGGCCAAAAAUAUGUUUGUAAUAUAUUUAGUUUUUUUUUUUUAAUCAUGAUAAUUGAUUGGAAGAUUUAUUUUUUAAUAGCUUUGCCUUUUUUGCAGAUUGAGAAAUUUCUAAAUUAUAAAAUUAUGUCACAAAGCAAAAUUAUAUUUGGUAGCACCGUAAAUUUCUAUUCUGAAGGGUGAGAAGAGAUAAUUUGAAUAUUUUUCACCUGUGAACCUAUGUUAGUAAGCUUUUUUAUUUUAAUGUACUGUAAUGAAACGAUUAUGAGUAGUUACCUCUGCUCAAAAGUGUCAUUUAGUUUGCUAAACUCUUCACAUCCCAUAAUAAUCAUCACGAGAUAACUGUCCAUUCCCGGUGAUUUGAUUCCGUCUCCAUUGUGUACUAAUUAAAGGUUGUAGCAGAGCAGCCCAUUGACUUUCUUUUUUAUUGAGGUAAAAGUGGUACAUACACACUGACUUUCUCAUCAGCCCUUCUUUGACAGUGAAGGGCAAGUCAUGGGACGUCGAUCUGAAUUUUUCUGGCUAUUUGUCCCUUGUGGUAGCUGCUUAAAAUUCUUCAGUUAUCAAAACUGAGUUUGCAGUAAGUUGCACAUUUUAUGGUUUGCAAUUUUCUGUUUUCUGUGCAUUUUUAAGCCCUUUUCUGCUUUCUGGUAAGGAGGCAUGAAAUGAUCAGGAAUGUUGCCAGUUACAGCUUCACACCAAAAACUUUGAGUAAAUUCAUUUUUGUGUAGAUGCCCACGAUGAUAGCUGAAGAAAGGGCACCCGUAGAAAGUACCAGCGUAGGUUUGAGGAGUUAGCAAAAAAACAAAUUUUUCUUCUCGUUUCGUCUACUUCAAAACAAAUAUCCGAGCUUGCGAUUUGUUUGCUCUUGCUGUUUCUUGUGAGUCCCUUUUUGGAAGAGAGAAGAACAUCUGUGAACCCAGAGAUAUCUGUUAUGUUGUUCUUUUAGCUAAUGGAGCAAUUCUAGUCUAUUAGUAGUAGGUUUGCUAAUAAUAUGUAAAGAAAGGAAUGAAGUGUCUUUUACUCCAGAAAUAUGAAAAUCAGUGUCUUUUAAAAUAGCACUUAUUCUAUAAUAAGGCAAUACUGGAAUCAAAAACAAAUUUUAUAUAAGGUUCUAUCUAAUUAGGUGGAUACUAGCUUUCAUUCUAGUGUCAAACUCAUGAGAAAUAGUGGCAAAGAAGGUUCACUCUGUUUCUGCAGUACUUUGGGACCAUUUAUAAAGGCCAGUUAGAUUGUGUUAAUGUGAUUUAAUGUACAAAGUUGCUGCAGUUAAUGGAUACAUUCUGUGCUCUGAGAAUCUGAAUUCCAUUCUAAUGUAUAAUAUUCACUGGCUGUGAUCUGUAGCGUCCGAAGGAAAGAUGUGUUUUUCUCCUUUACACCCUCUGCAUAAUUGUUAGUAUUAUUUUAAUUAAAGUACUUAAGACAUUGUUUUUCUUCUGUACAAAUGGCUUAGCAAUUUGCACAUCUGGGUAGGUUAUGUAGUUAGUAAACAAUUCGCAAUAGUAAAUAGCAAUUACAUUUAACCCACCAAGUGACAGACUAUGCAAUGGAAAAACUUUCUAAUUAUCGUCGCAUAGCUUAUAUGGCAAAGGAUUAUUUUCUCUAGUAACCUACCAUGUGAGAUAGAACUGCUUCAUAAAUGACUUCCUGAGCAAUUUCAUGUUGGCAGGCAGUAUGGCGUGUCUAGUAUCCUUCCAUGAAAAGAGUAUAAUUUAAUGAGAAGCAAAUAGUAGGUAUGGAGAUAAAGUUGGAAAAAAAAUUUUUUUUUCCUUAAAAUUGUAGUUAUUGUCUGGAGCGGUUUAAGGCUAAUGAAAGCUAGUACUUUAUCUUUGCCAAAUAGUUAUUUAUAAGAUUUACUUCUUAAAUAAGCCCAACCUCUCAACCGCAAGUUAAGAAUCAUCACUCUCUGUGACUAACACUAAAGCUUUUCCUUACCAGAGCUCGUUCUCAGUCAGUGAUCAUAAUCCACAGAGGCAAAGACAGUUCUUUGAUUUGGAAGGAAACAGUGCCCGUGAUACAUGCAGAUGCCCUAGCUGUACAAUUUGCUUCUUACAUGAAGAAAUUUAUAUUUCUGUUGACCUUUACCGUUGGGCUUUUGUCAUUGGGCACUAGAAUUUGAGCCUAUGUAGGUCACGCCCAUCCUGUGAAUUCACUGAUACCUGCCUGCAGUCCUUCCUGUGCCCCCCUGCAUGGUGGGAGUGGUGGUGACGGGUGGUAGCUUCAUCGGCAGUGCUUGUGUGGGGCACGUUGCCUUUUUUCUUCCCGUUAGUUCAAAAGAUUGCUGUGGAUGGUAUCGCAAGAAGACGAGGAUGUUAACACCACCAGGCGAACCAGUUCAAGUUAUAGGGUUAGAAAGUCCUUUAAAUUUUGUUUAGAUGUCUCGUUUCCAGUUUCUUCAUCCUUUUUCUUUUUCGCCUUCUUUUAACAUUCUAUUAAAUUCUGUUUUUAAUCUGGUAUAUAUAGAAUAAUACAGUGGUCUUUUAAAUGGUCAACAGAACUCUGCAGUUUAAUGAGGCAAUUUAAAGGAUUCCCUGGAAGAAAAUGUAGUCAUACCAGAUCUUUCAUCACAGAUACCUACAUCGCUCCAAGGAUUUUUUUCCUGACAAGAAAUAUAUUUCUUGAGGAUGGGGUGGGGUGGGAAUAUAUGUGUGAUAGAACGUAGAUUUUUUUAAUUUUUCCUCUCAGUACAUUGAAAACAACUGAAUUUUCAUGGGCAUUCUCUAGAAAAGUAAAACAAUGUAAUGACUUCUUAAUAUUCUGAACUUUAUAAAGCUUUCCAAUAUCAUAUUCUGGAGGGACCCAAAAUCCGUGUUCAGUGGAUUAAAGUAGCAUUUUUUAAAUGCCACCUUUCAAAAGAUGUGUAAUAAGAUAUCCGUAAAGGACAUAGUUGGAUAUCCGUUAAGCAUUUUCUUCUCUCCUAACCAGUGAGUUAGGAAAGAAAACAUAAAACAUAAAUGAAUAAUUAUGUCUCUCCUAAUGACCGGUGUCAUUAAUGCGAAAAUUGUGGGUCAAACUUAGCCUUAUUUCUAAAUAGCAAAAAUUCUCUUUUCACUCCAGCUCUUAAAUUUUUUUGUUAGCUUUCCUCGCUGCACUGUGAUACAGAGCAGAUAAAAAGAAACGUGGCAUUUCAGAGAGAAACAAAGAGAGCAAACUUGGAAUGACUUUUUUAACCCCAGGUUCCCAAAUCUUGGGGGUGUUUGGCUACUUUUGAGUGGCAGGGUUUUGGUGAUCUGAAGUUCAGUCCAAAAACAGUCUUAUUGGAGAAAACCUGUCUAACUCUUAGCAAUGUAGGGCAGCACAGCUUUCCUUCUGUUUUCCCUUCUGCCUGCUUGCUCAGCCCACCCCCGGCACUGAAGUACACACACACACACACACACACACACACACACACACACACACACACACACACGAUCUGCACACAAACACACACACACACGAUCUGCACACACACAGAUACCACACACACACACACACACACACACACACACACACAAUCUGUACUGCUCCUGGCCUAAGAGUAAUAGAAUCCUCUUCUUUCACUUGGUUUUUGUUUUUGUUUGUUUUUUUUAAGCUGGGGACCACUGAAGUAAGCUCUAUAUGCACCCAAAGUUACCCUUGGAAAAAUUUUCAACAUGCCGCGCAGAAGGCUCUAAUGCAGCUAAAUGCCACCCUUGCUUUUACUUGGGGAAUAGACUGAUUUGCCCUGAAAUGACUCCACCCUGCGUUGUUGAGGUACAGUUGGCUCCAGCCGAGGAGUGUGGAACGGAUGGGAGGUUUGGUGCUUGUGACGGUGUCUUCAUCUGCUCUGAAGGGUUGAAUCAGUUCCUCUCAACAGUGAUAGUUCUUUUCACUGUAUAGUGUUGAGUAUGUCUCAGGGAUUCCUUGUGGAAAUUAGGGCAGUUUUUAAAAUAAGAAAAUAGUUUUAAAAGAAACUAAAGGUGACUCAUCAUUGAAGAGAGCGCAAGAAAGAGAAAACAUUUGGUUUCGUAGCCCACGGUGUCUUGCAUGGGACGCUUUUCCUUCUCCUUCAGGCUCUCAUCUCAGCCUCAGCAUACAGAAUCCUUUCCCACCACGCACAGCUUUAAAACUUUUAUUUAAAAAUUUCCUUCCCCAAUGAGCUUUCAGAAUACUUAUUGUAGAUUUUAAGAGAAAAGGUAUAUUAAUUUAUACUAUUAACAUCACCUCAUAAAUUAUAAGUUUUAUACUAAAGCUGUAUUGAGUGUAAUGAAUUAUGUUGCCUAUGUGUUUAAUAGCUAAAAAAUUAUAUAUGAGCUUUUUUUUUUUUUUUUUUUUUUUUUUUUUACAAAACAAACUAGUGAAGCACCUUUUUACACUGGAUCUCUGCCGUGUCAAGGUGUAUAGCUAUCCUUUGCUACCUUGCAGAUAUAUAAAAUAAAAGGAUAUCCUGGGGCCUCAAAACAUAGAACACCUUUAGACCAUUUAUUACUGCUCAUAGAACUGUUGAGAAUGAUGUCUCUUUAGUAAAUGAUCUGUGGUUUACACUUACGAUGGCUAGAAGCUUAGUUACAGGGUAAAUAGAAAUACAUAGAUCAAGUAAAGCUCCCAACUACUGUAGCUGGAAUUUGUAAACUAAGUUUUUAAAACCUCUUUUAUUUCCUAUGGAUUUAUUCUUUAAUUACAGUUAAGUUGGGAAGUAAAAUAGAGAAAAUAAUAAAUCUAGAUGUUCUCAGUGUCUUAUUCAGGAACUUUUUAUCCCUCCUCACUAAGGAAUUCCCACUGUGACUUAAAAAUAGAAUUAAAGUACUUGUGUGCAUGUAUAUGUCUGUGCUUUUACACACAUGCAAAAAUAUACAUUGGGGGCACGUGUGUGAGAGAGAUGAAUGUGUGCUUAGAUAAAAAGAGAAAAAGGUAACAAUGUAUGGUAGAAAUAUGAUUUAUUUAGUUGAGGGUAUUGGAGUUACUUUCUCAUCGUCUCUGUUGUAUAAAUACACCAAAUUCUUGAUUAUGUUAUGUUAAAAGGCUAGCUCUGAUAUCAUGUGCAUUUUAUUUUAACCUUUUGAUUAACUUAUGCUAUGUUUUUAAAAUGACUCAAGAAACAGCAGGUUCUAAAGACCAGCCUCUCACUUUUGAGAGUAAAAAUAAGAGAGAAACAGACCUGGACAUGAGCUGUGUUUAUCUAUUGGGGUGAUGGGACCAGAGAUCAGCUGAACCUUUUUUAUGUUAAUAAUAGAUUUCUUCAUCUUCUGAGUUAUAAGAUAUUAUUGAUCACCUUUUCUUGGUGAAAUUAAGAAAAGUAUAGGCCUUUUCUAAAGAAUGCCAUUUUUUAAGGGGCUGCUUUGUUUAAAGAGUUGGUGGGAUUAUUUCACCAUGCACAUUUCAAAGCUGGGUUGAUUUCAGUUAUUUCCAAAAUUAAAAAAAAAAAAAGUUACUCAGUUGUGUUGUUGUUUAUGAAGUUAGCAUGCCCCCCAACCCCCAUAUUUUGGCUAUACGAAAAGUUAUGCUACCCUUGACUUUUUACCUGAUUUAUCUGGAAUUUAAAAAGAAAUACAUUCCUAUAUUUUGAGUUUUGUCUUUUUGCUAUACAUUCAUUACUGAAGUAUCUGGUGGUCUAAAAUAGUAGUCAAAGCUAGAGUUGUUAUUAAAUGCUCCGAUCACAUUUAUUUUUAAUAUUAAAAAAUCAUAUACUUUGAAACAUGUCAAAACAACUUCUAAUAAGCCAUCUGAAUUUGUAGUUACCUUUGAAGCCUCAUUCAUCUUAGAUAACUCAAGACCUGGGAAAGCUUUGUAUGUUGUUCUUUUUACAGUUGUAUUUUUUGCAGCGUCUCCCAGUUUCAUUCACUCUUGCUUUAUAGGUUUUUAAAAUCUGCGUAUUUCUUGUACAUAUGCAUGCAAAUGAAAGAAGGGAGGGUGUAUUGGUGCCAUUUCUCCCUUCAGUUACUAUGGGAUUUGCUAGAAUAAAUUCCCCCUGAUUGAAGGGUGAAAAUAGACCCUUUUGUGUAUAUCUGUACAGAGAUGUGUAUAUGGGAUGUGGUGGCACUUUGCUGAAUGUGAACUUGCCUUGUCAGUGGAAAGAUUGAGAAGUAUUAUGUUUAUUUAUACAUUUGUAUAAAUCUAUAUAUACACGUAUGUAUAUGUGUGUGUAUAGAUAAAUAUAUAUAUACAUAUAUUUCCCUAAAAAGUGUGUGUAUAAUAGAUAAACAGCCUUUGUUAAGCAAGAUUAUACGUCUAUGGAAAAUUCUGGAUUAUUCUCUAAGCAAGAAGAGGUGACAGUCUAGGGUAAUCGUCAGAGCAUACAAAGAUGGAAGUCGUUAGGAUUAUAGUCUUGUUUAUGAGCUCCUCUUAGCACUGUACUUACUUGCCAGUCUCACUAUUCUCCAUCUUCAUUACCUUCUAAUUCAAUCUCUCACCAUUUAAAAAUCACGCUUCGUUGUGUUUUUUUCCCCUUUAUUAUGUCCUUUCUAGCCAGAAUCAUUUGGCUUAGCCAUACUUCAUUAAUAUUUCACUCGUUUCUUUUAAAUAUCUUUGUCUCUGAAAUUUCCCAGAAGAUACAAAUUUUGUAUAUAAUCCUUUUAAUAGUAAUUUUGAGAAUUGGGCAUCAUCUUUGUCUCAAAACAAACAACCAAUAAACCCAAAAACCAACAUUCAAACAAGACUACUUUGAAAGUUUUACCUAGAUAAUUUUGGGAAAUUUUACUUAAAUUGAAAAAGAACAUAAUUAUGAUUUUAUGAUUGACAUUAGUGUUAGGUUUAUUUUGUCAUUUAUUGUCAUUAAUUUGUCCUUUCAACAGUUUGGUUUACUUUGUGAUUUAAUCAUAAAUUUACCAUUUUCAUGUUAAUGGAAAGCCUCUUGAAUUCUAUAACCUAAGCCUCUUAAAUUCUAUAAUUCAUUUUAUUCAUGGUGAAACUGCUUUAACGAAUUCUUGUGUAAUGAGUUCUGCUAUAUUUCCUUUUGACUUUUCUCACAUUGGUGACAUUCUGUUUUAACUUGGCUGCAGCUCUCUAGAAAACUUGCAUCCCUAUAUAUUGUGCCUUUAAAGCUUUUAUGCACACACAGACAAAAGUGUAUAUAUACAUGUUGGAGCAUGUGUACAUAUACUUUCAUAUAUACUCACACAGUAUGUCUCUAGUAUAUAUUGUGGGAGUGGCUAUAUAGAUGUUCAAAGGCAAUGAAAUGUUGCUCUCUAGAUAUAUAUGUAUAUAAAUAGUGUUGAUAUACUGUAUAUACAUAUGUAUAUGUAUGAGUUUUAAAUGGCAAUCUUUUACAUUUAGCAAAAUGCUGCCCCUACUGGAAUAUUGUCACUGCAAUGGCAGUUGUAUGUAAUGAUUUAAAAUACAUUAUCAGAAGUUAUUUAAAGAACAUUUCAAAGUCUCAUCUAAAGACGUCCACACAUUAUUAUUUAUUUAUCUUCCUUUUCCUUUUGUUGUCAUUUUUUUUUUUUUUAACUGAAAGGGAGACUGUCAUUUUAAAAAUGCCAUCUGUCCCGUGAGAGGAAGAGAGCUGGAGAUUCACUUGGGGAACCUUGUGCAUUUUCCUCUCUCUGAAAUGGAGAUGUACCACAAACUAGCCUGUUUAUUUCAGUUAUAAAACAAUCCUAACAUUUGCAUUACUGUAUGUCAUCCACCAUCUCCUAGAUCAACUUAAUUCACCAAUUUGCCUCUUCCUUUCAUUAAUAAAUAAUGAUCAUUAAGAUCAUUUUGCCUGGGGGAAGUUAACUACUCUCUAGCUGCAGGGAAAUAUAUCACCUAAUUUUUAUUCAGCCUUGUUCAAAAAUUCAGCUGUGAGAGAAGGCAGCUCUCUCAUGCAGUUGUCUUAAGUAGGUUUUGCAUUUAUUUAGUUAGAGGUCUUCCCAGACUUUUUUUUUUUUUUUUUUUUUUUUUAAAGAACUCCAAGUCUGCAUGCACUUGACCUAGAUUUAAUUCUUACUCCCCACAGCUUCAGGUAUUUUUCAUUAGUAUAUCAAUUUGAUACACUGAAUGAAAGAAUAUUAAGAGAAAACUGUUGCAUAUUUUAUUUUGUGAUGAGUUGGCAGCAGAUUCCAUUUCAAGACCUUAAAGAGAGAGGAGUGUGUAGAUGGACAAUCCUAAAUCUUAAGAUCUUAACAAAAAACAGGUGGAGUAAGAGUACCCCUGAAGACUCAAAUAGAGGUUGGGGUUUGAGGGAUUUCACAGAGUAGCUUAGCUGAAACUUGAUAUCAGGAGCAGCCUUUAACAAGCCUCUUGGCAAUUGUAUGGUACUAACCAGAGUACUGAAGUACAGAUUGAAACCAAGUUGCAGUGGGAAAUCAAAGGUGAGGUAGCUUAUUGGAAACCAGUAAAAUGACAGGUUGCACAGUUUUGAAAUCUCUUUUAACAAAGUAACUGCACGGUAGCAAGGACUAGCCGUUCUCAAAGCCCUUCUUUUUCAGUGUUCUCCUUCACCUUGGCACACAAGUAUGUUUUAAGGCCAUACAUUAAAAAUAUAUACAAAAAAAAAAACUGCUUAAAGGGAACUUACAAACUGAGAAUCUUCUCAGUAUUCGUGUAAAUAGUGGCUGGAAGCUUAGUUAUAUGCACAAAAGCUAGGAGCCACUUGUUUCUGCACAGACUGUAGGAGCAAGAUGAGGAGAUUGGCAGAUUUUGGGACGAGGCCCCCAGUUCUGAGGAAAGGCAUAUCUACAGCAUUGGGUAUGCUGUUGCUGGGGGAGACCACAUUUUGGGAGAUGAUGGGCUUUCGGUUUGUAAUUUCCCUUUAAACAAGAAGAGAUGGCUCACGUUUUCCAUAUAUAUCUCAAUGAAUGUACUGUAUUACCGUUUUAAAAAUUUGAUGAAAUAAUAAUGGAUUGGUCUCCUUUUGUUAUCUGGUCCUUGUUUAAUUUGUUUAAGGGUUUUUGUAUACAAAAGUUUACAUUUUUAUGUAUAUUUUUCUUGUGUAAAAACUGAUGUAAUAUGUGUAUAAAACACUGUAUGUAUUAUCUGUAUAUAGUGUGACAAAAUGAUUUUUCUUUCUUUCUUUUGGAUGUAUUAAUAAAUCUUG